GAAGAAGAAAAAGAGAAGAGCCACGAAUUUCCGAGAAUUUGGAAACCAAAGCUCGAGAGAAGCGGCGUUUGCUGAAGUUGAAAAAUGGCGCGACCACAAACGCUACGCCACGAUUUACAAAUGGAGGAAGAAAAGGAGAUAACAGAAAACUGCAUUUCGGAAAUCUCACACUCCAACAAUCUUCUCUCUCAUUCCUCUCUCUCUCUCUCUCUCUCUCUCUCUCUCUCUCUCUCUCUCUCUCUCUUUUUCCGUUCUUUCCCUCUCCGAAUCUCGAGGGUACGUUCCUCGGUGCGAUCUCGCCCUGUUCCGGCAAUGCGCUGCCAUUGUCGAAUGGAAGAACCGUCCACGAAUCUUUCCUCUGCAGAAGUACGGAAGAAAUGCAUUGCCGGUGCGAUCUUGAAGGCGGAUUCGAUGAUUUGUAGCUUCGGAGUUGCUUGAUUUCGGGAGAAUUUCUGACAUUUACAUCCUGCAAUUGAAACGAUUUGCUCCUCGAACGUGAAAUCUCUACACAGGUCGGCUUUUUUCGGUAGUUGAAGAUGGGCACUCGAGUGAACAUUAUAGUGGGUUCUCAUGUAUGGGUUGAAGAUCAAGAACUAGCCUGGGUUGAUGGGCAAGUUUCUCGGAUUAGUGGUGAAGAAGCUGAAAUUCAGACUGCUAAUGGGAAAACGGUUGUUGAAAAUCUAUCAAAAAUUUACCCAAAGGAUAUGGAAGCUCCUCCUGGUGGAGUUGAUGACAUGACUAAGCUCUCCUAUUUGCAUGAACCUGGAGUUCUGCAGAACUUGUCAACUAGAUAUGGACUCAAUGAAAUCUACACUUACACUGGAAAUAUUCUUAUUGCCAUUAAUCCAUUUCAAAGAUUGCCUCAUCUAUAUGAUGCUCACAUGAUGGAGCAGUACAAAGGUGCACGAUUUGGUGAGCUAAGUCCACAUGUAUUUGCAGUUGCAGAUGCUGCUUACAGGGCAAUGAUUAAUGAGGGAAAAAGCAACUCCAUUCUGGUUAGUGGUGAAAGUGGUGCUGGUAAAACUGAAACCACAAAAAUGCUUAUGCGAUAUCUUGCCUAUAUGGGUGGGCGUGUUGCAACUGAAGGACGUACUGUGGAGCAACAAGUUCUGGAAUCGAAUCCAGUUCUUGAAGCAUUUGGCAAUGCUAAAACUGUUAGAAAUAACAAUUCCAGUCGUUUUGGUAAAUUUGUUGAGAUCCAAUUUGAUAAGAAUGGAAGGAUAUCCGGGGCAGCUAUCAGAACCUACCUUCUUGAGAGAUCUCGUGUUUGCCAGAUUUCUGAUCCUGAACGUAACUACCAUUGCUUUUACCUUCUUUGUGCAGCGCCACCAGCAGAUAUUGAAAAGUAUAAGUUGGGAGACCCUAAAUCUUUUCACUAUCUUAACCAAUCGAAUUGCUAUGAGCUUGUUGGUGUGAGUGAUGCCCAUGAUUAUAUCGCCACAAGGAGAGCUAUGGAUAUUGUUGGAAUCAGUGAAGAGGAACAGGAUGCCAUUUUCAGAGUUGUUGCAGCCAUUCUUCAUCUUGGUAAUAUUGAUUUUACAAAGGGGGAGGAAGUCGAUUCAUCAGUUCUGAAAGAUGACAAAUCUAAAUUCCAUCUCAAAAUGACAGCUGAACUUCUCAUGUGUGAUCCUGAGGGCUUGGAAGAUGCACUCUGUAAGCGUGUGAUGGUAACCCCUGAAGAAGUCAUUAAGAGAGCUCUUGAUCCUCUUGGUGCAACAGUUAGUAGGGAUGGUUUAGCAAAGACUAUAUACUCCCGUUUGUUUGGCUGGCUUGUGGAUACAAUUAAUUGCUCAAUUGGGCAAGAUCCAAACUCAAAGUCUCUGAUUGGGGUCCUUGACAUCUAUGGUUUUGAAAGCUUUAAGACCAACAGUUUUGAGCAGUUCUGUAUUAACUUCACAAAUGAGAAACUACAACAACAUUUCAACCAGCAUGUGUUUAAGAUGGAGCAGGAAGAGUACACCAAAGAGGAAAUUGAUUGGAGCUACAUAGAGUUUGUUGAUAACCAAGAUGUCUUGGAUCUUAUUGAAAAGAAACCUGGAGGAAUCAUUGCUCUUCUCGAUGAAGCCUGUAUGUUUCCGAAGUCGACAUAUGAAACAUUUGCUCAGAAGCUAUACCAGACAUUCAAAGUUCACAAACGCUUUAUUAAGCCAAAGUUGUCGCGCACGGAUUUUGCCGUUGCUCAUUAUGCUGGCGAGGUCAUGUAUCAAUCUGAGCAGUUUCUUGACAAAAAUAAAGACUAUGUGGUGCCAGAACAUCAAGACUUGUUGAGUGCAUCCAAGUGUUCUUUUGUAUCAGGUCUUUUCCCUCCACUACCCGAGGAGACGUCAAAAUCAUCCAAGUUUUCCUCUAUUGGUUCUCGUUUUAAGCUACAAUUACAAUCCUUGAUGGAAACACUGAAUUCAACGGAGCCUCAUUACGUAAGAUGUGUGAAGCCAAACAAUGUUCUGAAACCUUCUGUAUUUGAGAAUGUCAAUGUAAUGCAACAACUGCGCUGUGGUGGUGUUCUUGAAGCUAUUAGAAUCAGUUGUGCUGGAUACCCUACUCGCCGGUCAUUUUAUGAAUUUAUUCACCGCUUUGGUGUUCUUGCGCGAGAAUUUUUGGAAGGGAACUAUGAUGAAAAGGUUGCAUGCAGAAAGCUUUUGGAGAAGAAGGGGUUAAAAGGGUUUCAGAUAGGCAAAACAAAGGUUUUCUUGAGAGCAGGUCAGAUGGCUGAGUUGGAUGCACGGAGAGCUGAGGUGCUUAACAAUGCAGCAAAAUGUAUUCAGCAUCAAAUACAGACACACAUUACUCGUAAAAAAUUCGUUGAAUUGAGGAAAGCUACUAUUCAUGUGCAAUCCUUAUGGAGAGGAAGACUGGCUUGCAAAUUGUAUGACCGCAUGAGAAGGGAGGCAGCUGCAGUGAGAAUUCAGAAGAAUUUGCGUAGACACCAAGCCAGGAAGGCAUACACAAGGAUGAAAAUGUCAGUGCUUUUCUUGCAAACAGGGUUUAGGGCAAUGGCUGCUCGUAAUGAGUUUAGAUUUAGGAAGAAAACUAAAGCAUCAACCACCAUUCAGGCACAAUGGCGUUGCCACAGAGAUUGUUCUUAUUAUAAGAACUUGAAGAGGGCGUCAACCGUCUCCCAAUGUAGAUGGAGGGGGCGGAUUGCAAGGAGAGAGCUUAGAAAGCUCAAAAUGGCCGCAAGAGAAACAGGUGCACUCAAAGAAGCAAAAGAUAAGCUUGAAAAGCAGGUCGAAGAACUCACAUGGCGUUUACAGCUGGAGAAGCGUUUAAGGACUGACUUGGAGGAGGCCAAAGGACAAGAGAUAAUCAAACUGCAGAACUCUCUGCAAGCCAUGCAAGACAAAGUUGAUGAGACAAAUGCAAUGCUUACCAAGGAGCGAGAGGCUGCACAAAAGGCUAUUGAAGAAGCUCCUCCAGUAAUCAAAGAAACCCCAGUUAUUGUCCAAGAUACUGAAAAGAUUGAUUCUCUAAAAGCAGAGGUAGAAGAAUUGAAGCUUUCAGUCUCAUCAGCCAAUAUACAACCCCUCGCACAGCCUGAUUUUCCUGAGGAGUUACUGCAACGAGUAUCUUCCUUGACCCAAACUAUGAACCUUCUUAAGGAGGAGCGAGGAAAUGUAGAUCUAGCUCGCAAGGAGGCUGAGCGAGCUCUUGGGGAGGUGCAAGCCCAACAUGAUGUUGCUCAAUUUGACCUAGCUUGUGAGAGGACACUCAUCGCAGAGCGUGAUCGAACCAUCCAAGAGUUACAUUCCCAACUUGAGGCUUCGGUACAUACUUUAGCUUUACUUUCCUUUAUCUUCUUUUGGUGCUGCUUGUUUUCUAUCCCGGUUCCAAGUUCCUUACAGGAAAAGGAAGCAUCGGAUGCUAGAGCAGCUCAAGUGGAAGCUCGUGAUCUUUUAUCAUCUCGAAUUUUAGAGCAAGAAACUGAGAUCUUGCGACUUCGGGCUUCCACUGACCUUGGAUUGCCCUGGGAUAUCGCAGAGCUACGCUUUCAAACUCUUCUUGCAGAGCGGACUGUUGUCAAAGAGGUUGAGAGAGCUCAUAUGGAGACGAAGUUACAAUGCUCGCAAGAGAUGAUGGCACUUCAAAUUCAAAUCCAAGCCCUCCAAUCUAUUGUCUCCCAACAAGAGAGAGAUCUCGAGGCUUAUAAGUGCUUGUGUGACGCAAUCACAGCUGACGUCUCAUUCUCUUUCAGUGGUGAGCCGGUUUACCAACCCGGGAGUGAUAAUGGGGUUGAAUUAAGCUACCAUUUGGGUGUUAAGCAGGGUACUAAGCGUUUUAGAAGGAAGCUUCCUCAAAGCUCAAUUGCUCCUUUAAUGCUCAAACACCCAAUUCCUUCGACCGUUUGCGCAAUCGACAACAAUGAUACCCCUGACGCCCAUGUCAGUCUUCCUAUUGAUGAGGUGGAUCGUCGAGCCACUACAACAUAGCUUGGAGAAUGGUAUUGUUGUUACUAAUGGUGAUCAAAUUAGGGUAGUCAUGGCAACUACAAAUGAUGAAGUGUUGUUCUUGUAGGUGGUAUAGGUCGAGUUAGUGUUGUUGCAACGAUUUUUGAGGAAGAUAAGGCUAUUGAGGAGGUUGGAACUUACAUUACUCUUGGGGUUGAGGCUAUAGUUACUCCUAAAGAAACUUUAUUGACAAUGACUACACCAUCUUAUAAAGGACAAAGGGUCAAUUGAUCCUUCAUUUUUUGUUUUAUGACAUCUUUAGGGGAAUGCCCUGUAGAUAUUGUACUUUGAUUUCAAUCUUCAUUGUUGCCUCAUCUUUAACUUGGUUAAUUUUAUCUUAAUAGAUGCCUCAUGUUUACUUCUUCUUCUUCUUCUCUUUUUUAUUUUUUUUAUUUUUUUUUAAAUUUCUCACGUUUACUUGUCGUGUUAGCAAACACUAUUUCAUGUUAGUAAGCAUUGCAUUAUCCUUGGUAGCAUUAUCAAAGGAGGCUAAAUUCGCAUAGUUUGGAUAGUGAUGAUGUUUUGUGUGCAUGUAUGGUAUAAAAUAAAUGCUUUUGAGGAAAACUUAAAUACUUACGCUUAUACGCCUCUAUUGUUUCCUCUUUUGUUUUAUCUCUCAGGGAUGCAUGUGAAGAGUGCAUUGAAAUUGGUUUUUAUCUUUAGCAUCCACUCCCUUCUUGAAAACCAAUGUUUUAGAUAUCGGUAUUGGAUCAUGUCUUACACCCUUGGGAUACAGAAACGUUUCAGUAUUGCACAUAUCAUAAAUGUAUUGGGAUUUGCAGGAAUCAUUAGGAAAAUAUUGGGAAAAUGAUGGGAUUUUUCAAUGAAAUUAAAAUAAAUGUUAAAAGAAACAUGAUUACACACUUAAAACAUUGCAAAAGAAAACUAAAAGAAUCAUAUAUAUAUAUAUAUAUAUAUAUAUCAAACUUGUUAGUGUUGUGUGCCCUAGAAAGUCAAUGUUCUUUAUUAAACCUUGUUUAUAAAUAUAUGGAAGCAUUUGUUUUGCCUCAUUAAUUGUGUGUGUCACUACAACAGUGUUAGAAGUAUUGAUAUUGUUACAAGUUUCGCUGGUCAGGAAUACAAAAACAAUAUCGAUAUCGUCGAUAAUAUCGUUGAUAACUGGAAAUGCGGGGAAACAUAGGAAAAAUGGUGGAAUUUUUAGCGAAACUUCAAUAGAUGUUAAAAUGUACACAUUUGCUUAUUUAGAAAUGAAAAUAAAUAAAUAAAUAAAUAAUUACAAAAAGAAUGCAUACAUAACAAGUUCCAUUUAAUGGAGCCUUAAAAGCAUGUGUUGUUGUAAGAAAUCAGUCUAACCAUCCCCUCUGGCCUAUUUAACCAUCCAACCUUCCAUCCAAACAUCCAUCAAUAUUGCAACACAUGAUAUUUCACCAAGAAAUCAUCAAUGAUUGGAAAGGAAACGAAAGAUUGUGGUCUCAAUAUCUCGCAUGUUGCGAUAUUGAUAAUAUCGAGAUAUUAUCAAUAUUAUUAAUGACAAAUUGAACACUACAUACAACAAUGUGCCAACAAAAUUUUGAUAUCAAUAUGUUGGCGAUAUUAUUGAAAUAUCAUUAAUACACUUAUGAUACAAACAUUACCUAGAAUUUACAUAGUCGAAAAUAUUGGUGAUACAUUGGCGAUAUUGAUGCACUGGCAAUACAAGCGACACCUAGAAUUUACAUAGUUAAAAAUAUUGACGAUUAAAUUAGCGAUAUUGAUACGUUGGCGAUAUUUAGUGAUACAUUUCUAAUCCUUGGAAUUUCUGAUACUACCAACGUUAUCGACAUCGCUACCAGUGUUAUCGGUAUCGCUAAGCUACAGAUAAAGAUAAUAUCAAAGAUAUUUCAAUAAUAUCGGAUAUAAUUUGAACACUGACUGCAACUACAUGUGGAUACUUUAUUGGUUACUAAAGGGUGUUUCCUCUAUUUCAUUGGGGAAUAUGAGAGUGGACAUAAUGACUAUCAUAGCCAAGGGAGAGUUGUGUGGCGAUGGUUCUCUAGUAACCUGAACUUCCUUGCUCACUUAAGUGGGUUUGGGCCUGUGAUCAUGUUUCAUGGUCGUGUUGUGUGAUGAGAACCAUUAACGAGUUGGGAUGGACAGUCUCCACCAUCAAUCAUCUUGUGCCUUUGCACUACCUCAUAGGGUGUGUGAGUGUUCAUUAUGUUUGCAGAUUCUUAUGCCUAGGCCCAACUAGAUACUUGCAUUGGUGGAUUGAAUCAAGUCUCAAAUUCAAGAGGCCCAUCAUGUCUGAAUAUGAUUGACUUGAUCUUGAAUUAUCUUGGACUAAUAUAUAAAACCUGAGAUCGUGUCGGAGCUCCAUGGGGUCAUAGUGUUAUACACUUUGGCUCGAGGUUACAUUAGUGACUGAUGUACAUGUGUUUGGACGCAUGCAUUAGAAUGUAGUUUAAGCUAACAUGAUCCCAUAUGUGGUCCACAUAUUUGCUUGGUAUGCAUAUUGUGGACAAAUCUUGAUGAUUGGGCUAUCUAUCAAGUGUUUGGACUAAUCUUGAUGCUUGGACCAACCAAUGGUGAGAUUGUUUAUCCAUAUCUUAGGUUUGCAUGGGAUUUAUGGGGCUAGGAUAGUCUAUGUCGCACCCUGAAUCUGGUACCCGACACCCAUACACCGAGUUCCAAGUUUGGCGUAUAACUUGUAAAUUUUGUGUUUUUUUUUUUUUUUUUGUCACUAAUAGAUAUCAAGCAUAAAGAUUGGUAUUUCCAUCAUAAGCAAAAUAACUAGCUUCCACUAUACAAUAUAUAUAUACUGUACAUCUGUUUUACACCGUGUUCAAAGUAUUGACAUCGCUACAUGUUUCGCUAGCCAGGGAUAUGGAAACAAUUUUGAUAUCACUGAUAAUAUCGCCAAUAAUCGGAAAUGUGGGAAAACAUUGAGGAAACAUGGGAAAAUGGUGGAAUUUUUCAGUGAAGCUUCUGGAGAUGCUAAAAUAGACAUUUGCAUAUUUAGGGAUACAAAAUUGCAAAAAGAAUUUACAUAUAAUAAGUUUUCAUUUAAAGGGGGACUAAAAGCAUGUGUUGUCAUAAGAAAUCAAUCCAACCAUCCCAUUUAUCCAUUUAAUCAUCCAAACAAUCACCAAUAUUUCAAAAUAUUGACAACACGAUAUUUUGCCGAGAAAUUGUCAAUAACUGGAAUGGAAACAACAGAUUGUGGUGUCGAUAUUUCUCAUGUUGUGAUAUUGAUAAUAUUGCGAUAUUAUUGCUAUUAUUGUUGACAAAUUGAACAUUGCAUACAACCAUGUGCCCAUAAAAAAAUUUAAAUGGAUUUU